UAUGGAAAAACCAUAGAUUGAUGAAGAAGAGAAGGGAGAAUCAUUUUUUCUUUAAUUUUUUCAAGUAAAAUCGACCAUAACACGUUUUAGGAAGUUAUAAUAUUUUUAGGAGAUUUUUAUAAUAUUUCCUUAACUGAAAUUUCAUUAAUUUUCGCAAAAAAUCAGGUAUUCUUAUCCGUAGAAGGCGACUUCUAAAAGUUUAGAAGAAUGAUAAAAAUUUUGAAUACAUUUUCUACUUUGAGUAGACGUAAGAGUACAUUGUAGAAAACACAUUCCCUAAAAUUUAGAAUACUUUAUAAACGUAGAAAAUGCAUUCGGAAGGAAAGUGGAUACCUUUACGAUUAGUAGAAUGCACAUUCCUCUUUUUUAGAAAUUUAGUAAAUAGUAAAAUGGACGUUCUAAAAGAAGUAGAUGAACAUUAGGACAUAAUGGGAGCGGCUAGGGUUUUAGGCGACGAGCGAGGCGACGUUCAGAUCUAGGAGACUACCGAAGAUAAACGACGAAUCUCUCCCGUUGGCUCUUGAGUCCUAGGCCUACUAUACAAGGAUAACCUGUUUCCCUUGGAUAGAGCUGGUUUCUGUGAGCCCCGAAAGAGUCCGUGUCUUUACGUGCCAAUCACGUUUUACUAUAUUGCUUGAAGUUACGACUAUUCUUUCUAGCCUUUGCUAAGAUCUGUAUUCUCUUAGUCUUUUGGAUUACUCUCCUUGUGGUAAACCAAGGAGAUCUCUAGCCCUUGCUAAGUUUUGUAUUUGACUGAUCAUGUCGAACCGUAGAGAUCUGAUCUCGACACAUGGAAGCCAGAGACCCGGCUCCAGCACAUCCCAUGCCAUCCGCCGUCUCGAUAUUGAAGAUGAUGAAAUCAUAAAACUUCCUGAAUGUGACCUGGAGGCGGCGGCGGAGCGUUUGAAGCUGACCCUCAUCGGACGCGUCUUUCAACUGAAGAGUAGGAGCAUUGAUGCUUUGAUCAAUCUGCUCCCAAAGCCACGAAUCUGGAACGUGGAGGGCAGAGUCCGAGGAACGAAUCUCGGGAAUGGACGCUUCCAAUUUGACUUUGAGAAUGAACAUGACCUCCAUUCGGUUUUAAACAAGAGGCCAUGUCAUUUUAAUCAAUGGAGCUUUGCAUUGGAGCGAUGGGAACCCUUUACACGGGACGACUUCCCUAACUCGAUUCCUUUUUGGAUUAGUGUUAUGGGUGUUCCAGUUCACUUCUGGAAUGAUGGUACUUUCUCAGAGAUUGCCAAGGCCCUGGGAAAAAAACUUACACUGGAUUCAAAACGAGCAAAAAUCCAAGUUUCCAUCAACGUGGAUAACCCCUUACAAUUUGAAAGGAGAGUUGGUUUUCCCAAUGGUGAUAUAGGGAGGGUAACUUUUGUGUAUGAUGGUCUACAUCGAUAUUGCUUCAACUGUAAACAUAUCUCUCAUGAUGAGAACUCGUGUCCGUUACUAACGGAGAAAGAACGUGAACACAGGAGACUUCAACGUCUUGAUCAGAAUAUCAACAAUGAAAAGAAUCUUCAGCUCGAGUAUCCGAGGGGAGCAAAUGAGAAUAGAACAAAGCGGCUGAGAUCACCCCCCAAUGAUCGUAUCGUACGAUCAAACCUGCCACUGAGAUCAAGGAUGGAAGAAGAGAGAGAGGAAAAGAGACAACGUCAUGCCUACCAUGGUCCGAAAGAUCACCCUAACUCUUUUUACGGAGCCUCGAAAAAGAGUUCUGAUCGUCAUUACCCCCGUGAUUCGGGUAGAGAUGCUGACCGACGUACGGAUGUCUGGAAUAGGAUCGAACAGCCUCAAGAACCCCGAGAUUCUGGCUCAAUGCCACGACUUUACCCCUCUUUGAACCAUAAUGCUAGAGUGCGCAACGGAUCAAGGGACCAUAGGUCUCGUACGAGCUCGUACCAAAGAGAAUGGAGACCCCGUACCCAUUUAGCAUCACACCACAAUGGGGAACGCCGAAGCUCCGCUAUAUGGGGUUCUGACCACCGCCCAAUCCUAACUCGCUUUCUCUCCAAACAAGGAAGGAUUCGCCGCGGUUUCAAGUUCGACAAACGGUGGAUUGGUAAGCAUGGCCUUAGAGAAACGAUUCUACAAGGAUGGAACGUCCCCGGCAAUCUGCACCCGCCUGAUCUGUAUGAGCGUAUAGCCAAAUGCCGCAAGGCAAUCUCGCACUGGAAACGCCUGAACCCAUCAAAUUCGUGCAUACGAAUUGAAGAGAUCAAAGAUAAACUCGAGAAGGCUCAACUGAAUGAUGCUAUCUCAAACGACGCGAUUCUACAGCUCAAAUGGGAUCUAUGCGCGGCUUUCCGGGACGAAGAGUUGUAUUGGAAGCAAAAGAGUCGAGCUAACUGGCUGAGGGAAGGCGAUAGGAAUACCAAAUUCUUCCAUGCCAAAACGAAACAGCGUCGCGCUAGGAACAGGCUUUCCAAGCUUAAGAACCCCCAGGGAGGAUGGGCGGAAUGUGAAGAGGAUAUAGAACGGGUUGCAGCGGAAUACUUCCAAGUUCUCUUUACCACAUCAAACCCGGAAAAUUUUGAUGAAGCCCUCCGGUUUGUUACCGAGAAAGUUACUACACGAUGUAAUGAGACGCUUACAAGUGCCCCAUCAGAUGCGGAAAUUAAAAAAGCUCUGUUCGAUAUCAACCCGGAGAAGGCACCUGGCCCUGAUGGGAUGACGAGCUUGUUCUAUCAAACAUUCUGGGGAAUCACCGCAGGGGAGAUCUUCCGUACGGUGAAAGACUUCUUCUCGUCAGAGACACUCGAUGCGCGACUGAACCAAACAAACAUCUGCCUUAUCCCAAAGACAGAUAGACCAUGCGAGAUGACGGAGUUUCGUCCCAUAAGCUUGUGUAACGUAAGCUAUAAAAUCGUGUCGAAGAUCCUCAGUAAUCGACUUAAGCGAUUCCUCCCGACUUUGAUUUCGGAGACCCAAUCGGCCUUUGUGGCUAAGCGACUCAUCACAGAUAAUAUCCUAGUCGCCCAAGAAGUGUUCCAUGCUCUACGGACUAACCAAAGCUGCAAGACUAAAUUUGUCGCCAUCAAAACCGAUAUGAGUAAAGCCUAUGAUAGGGUGGAAUGGACAUUCUUAGAAGCACUUAUGCGCAAACUGGGAUUUUGUGAGCGAUGGAUCUCCUGGAUACAUGUUUGCAUUUCUUCAGUAUCAUACAAUGUACUCAUCAAUGGAGAGCCAAAAGGUAACAUAAUCCCAACCAGAGGUAUCCGACAGGGUGACCCAUUAUCUCCAUUCCUGUUCAUUAUCCUGACAGAGGCGCUUAUAUCCCAAAUACAUGGAGCAGAAAGAGAGGGCAGACUCACCGGCCUAAAAAUCGCGAGAGACAGCCCUCCUGUCUCGCAUCUCCUGUUUGCCGAUGACAGCCUCUUCUUCUGUAAAGCAGAACCUCAACAAUGCCGGGAACUCAUGAAGAUCAUUAGUGAAUACGGGAGAGCAUCAGGACAACAGUUGAACGCCGCCAAAUCUUCCGUUUUCUUCGGCAGCAAGGUCCCAACGGAACUCAAAACUGAAAUAAAAGAAGCUCUGGGUAUAUCUCGCGAGGGAGGGAUGGGCAUCUAUCUGGGACUACCGGAGAAGAUAUGUGGAUCCAAGAGACAAGUAUUUGCUUUUAUACAGGAACGCCUUUUGGAGCGUCUGAACUCUUGGUCUGCGAAACUUCUUUCAAAAGGCGGAAAGGAGGUUUUGAUCAAAUCGGUGGCACAGGCACUUCCCUCCUAUGUUAUGUCAUGUUUCCUACUUCCUCAAGACAUUAUUAAAAAAAUGUCUAGUGCCAUCGCAAGGUUCUGGUGGAGUACCAAGCAAAAGAAUGGCGGCCUACACUGGAUCGCAUGGAAUAAAAUCUGCGUACCGAAGGAUAAGGGAGGCUUGGGAUUUCGAGAUUUAAAGAAUUUCAACAUUGCCCUGCUGGCCAAGCAACUGUGGCGCCUUGUACAAUACCCGACGUCCCUAUUGGCUAAAGUCCUGAAAGGAAGAUAUUAUCGCAAUACAAAUCCGAUUGAUGUCGAGAAAGCAAGUUCACCAUCUUACGUAUGGCGCAGUUUGAUGGCAGCAAAACCCCUCCUGAAGUCGGGACUGAGAAAGGCAAUAGGCUCUGGCUAUAAUACUAGAGUCUGGGACGAGUCAUGGCUCCCCACAAGCCCCCCACGUCCGCCUACUGGGGUAAACCCGAUCCAAAAACCAAAUUUACUCGUCCAUGAGCUUAUCGAUCGAAACUCCAAGAAUUGGAACUUGGAUCUGUUGAAAACUUUGAUCGCCCCAGAAGAUAUCCCAUUGAUAUGUAGCCUGCGGAUUAGUAAAGCCUUCAGGGUAGAUAGCUACUGCUGGGUUCAUACGAAAUCCGGAAUGUACUCCGUCAAAACUGGAUAUGAUGAGAUGUGUAGACUGACAGAGGAACUUCCUACUGAUUAUUGCUCAGAACCGAGCAUUUCUGGCUUAAUUCAACAGGUGUGGGCGAGUAAAACUGUGCCAAAAAUAAAACACUUCAUGUGGCAGGCCCUGACUAAUUGUGUUCCCGUCUGCAGUCGUUUGGCUGACCGGCACUGUCACCCUGAUCGGACAUGUCCAAGAUGCGGGCAACAUGAAGAGACUAUAAACCAUAUGCUAUUUGAAUGUCAUAUGGCCACCCAUACCUGGUCCCUUGCGGCACUUUCCACCAUUCCGGGAGAGUUCCCGAGCUCCUCCAUAUACGGAAACUUUGACUUCCUACUCAACAGGAUCCACAAACGACAUAGCACAGAGGAGUGCAAAGCUCGGAUCCCUUGGAUCCUCUGGUUCCUAUGGAAAGCUCGAAAUGAGAAGGUCUUUAGUAACAAGGAUAUCUCGCCAUUGGAGGUGCUGCAGUCUGCAGCUUCAGAAACGACUAGCUGGUGUGUGGCGCAAAUUAUCCCGGAAGCACCAGAGGUGAAUGUAAGCUUGAUGAUCCCGGAGCCGCAAUUUACACCUUCACGGAGGCCUUUUUGCAGGAUAGACGCAUCAUGGAAGGAAGAUGACGCCCGCUACGGUGGUGGGUUCGUGAUGGAGAAUGAAGAUGGGAGCACAAUGUUCGGUUCAAUUGCUAGUAACCGUGUGUUGUCUCCCCUACAUGCAGAGUUCGCAACUUUGCUGUGGGCUAUGAAGUCUUCGCUAUCUCUCGGUCACGUCUCGAUGGCUUUUGAAUCAGACUGCUUGCAGCUGGUUAGGCUGAUUGAGGAAGAAGAAGAAUGGCCAAGUCUUAUGGCAGAGUUUGAUGAGUUUCUUAAUCUACGUUCUAUGUUCCAAUAUUGCUCCAUCUCUUUUGUUUCACGUUUAAAGAAUAUCCGAGCCGAUUGCCUUGCGAAAGGUGCUCGGUCUCGCGGCUUUUGUUUUUCCCAUGUACUUCCUGAGGUCCCAACUUGGCUGGUGCUCGACACCACUUGGUUGGAAUCAUCGUAAUAAAAAUAUGGAGCUUUCGAUGUCAAAAAAAAAAAAGAAGUAGAUGAACGUGUUUAUUUUAGAAAUUGUUUUCUACUAUACUAUUUUAUGUUGAAGACGCAUUCUAUUUUUAGUAGAACGUAUCUUAAAAAUCUUAUUUACCAAGUUUUUGAACAAAACAAAAUUACCAACUUGUGUAUAUAGAUGUUUUAUUAAUUUUUUAUAUUUUUAAUAAUUUUUUUGAUUCUCAAAAUUAUUUAUUUCAUUAGUUUUCAGAAAUACAAAGGGUAAAAAGGAGAAAAAAUGGACAAAACUAGUUUUAUACCAAAGGGACAACAACCUGGUUUUUUUAUUCUAUUUUUGCAAUUUUCUCAAAAAAAAUUCACAUUUUGUUUCUAAAAAAUUUAGGAGAGACUCAGUAGACUUUAAUGGUCUUUCCGUCCACCUAAAUUGUGUGACUUGACUGUAAAUAUUAUAUUUU